AUAACGCGUGUGUAUUUUUGUUUUAGUAGCAAAUUUUCUAUCGACAAAAAUACACAUUUAUAAAAAAAAAAAUUAUAAUCGGGAUCAUUUCUGCGCAUGUGCGGUGCACAUGUCAAUAUGCAUAUCCGCGGCCGUCAACGUGUUAGCUUUAGCUAGCUUGUGUUUUUUGUAAUCUUCUUAAAAUAGUUUAAAGACUUUUUUUGAAAAUGAGUAAAGAGACCGCAAUAGAUUUGGACCGGAUUCUGAAGCAGUUGGGACCGUUCGGAAAGUACAAUAUUGUGAACUAUGCGUUGUUAUUGUUCCCAAUUUAUUUGGCGGGAAUGUUCGGUUCCGUGUUUGUGUUUGAAGCCACCGAUAUAAGUUACAGAUGUAAAAUAGACCAAUGCGAAGGUCUCAACAACACUAGCUGGCUAACCAGCGCUAUACCUCUUGAGGGUGACCGGUUAUCAAAGUGCAAGAGGUAUCCAUCUAUAAUCGGCAAUGAAACUUGCAGUGCUGCGGGGUUUAAUACUAACAUCACUGUAAGAUGCGACGCCAUACAUUAUAGUGACGAGGAUUCUGUUGUCAGAGAUUUUGACCUAGGAUGCCAAAACUGGAAGAGAACAUUAAUCGGGACCAUCCACAACUCAGGUCUAUUCGUAUCUCUCCCGCUCACGGGAAUAAUCUCGGACCGGUUCGGAAGGAAAAAGGCCUUAGCCGUCGCAUCGCUCAUGAAUGGGAUAUUUGGAUUCGCCAGAUCGUUUUCUGUCAAUUAUGUCAUGUUGGUCAUCUUUGAGUUUUUGGAAGCGGCUCUGGGCGCAGGAGCUUACACUACUGCAUUUGUUUUAGCAAUGGAACUAGUGGGCCCUAAAGGCAGAGUCUUUGGCAACACAUUAAUCAACUUCAUUUUCACAUUCGGCUUGAUGUCUCUCCCUGCCCUGUCUUGGUUGCUCCAAGACUGGAGACAACUUCUAAGAAUCAUAUACGCUCCAGCCAUGUUGGUUCUAUCCUACAUAUGGUUGUUGAACGAAAGUCCAAGAUGGCUGCUAAGCAAAGGACGUAAUGAAGAAGCUGUAGAAAUCCUAAACAAAGCCGCCAAAAUGAACAAUGUCGAUAUCUCUGAAGAACUCAAUCCAAUAAUGGAAAUGAAAGAACCUGAACCUCAAGAAACUAAAAAACUAGACCCAGAAAACGAUACUGAAGGGUCUACUUUUAAAAAUGUGCUCAAAUCUAGGAUUAUAAGGACAAGAGUGAUGGUGUGCUCCUUUUUGUGGAUAACGUGUACUUUUGUGUAUUAUGGACUCUCUAUAAACUCAGUGGGGUUGGGGGGUAACAAGUAUGUGAACUUUAUGUUAGUUGGGUUUGUGGAGAUCCCAGCGAACUUUGCGUGUUUAUUAGUACUGGACAAAUUCGGGAGGAAGAAGAUUUUGAUAUUAAUGUACAUUUUGAGCGCGUGUUUGUGCAUCGGUCUUUCAUUUAUACCAAAAGACCAAAAACUCCUGUCUCUCAUCACAUACCUCUCUGGAAAGUUCUCGAUCACUGUGGCAUACAGCUCCGUGUACAUCUACGUGUCCGAGGUGUUCCCAACUAGCGUUCGACAGUCUCUACUGGCAAUAUGCUCCUCACUGGGUCGUGUCGGUUCGACGUUAGCACCACUCACACCUCUGCUGGCGCUGUACUACGACAACCUGCCGUCCAUCUUCUUCGGCAGCCUCGCGCUGACUGCCAGCGCCAUGGUUCUUAUUCUGCCGGAGACCCUCAACGUGCCUCUACCAGACACUAUUGAGGAAGCCGAACGCCUGGCAAGGCCGAAAAGUGUCAUUGCAGAGUAGAUUUACGACAACCUUUCAUCUAUAUUCUUCAGCGACUUCGUACUAACCAUCAGCGCUAUGGAAUUCAUUCUACCGAAAACCCUCAACGUGCCUCUACCAUACACUAUUGAGGAAGCCGAACGCCUGGCGAGGCCGAAAAGUGUCACUGCAGAGUAGAUUUACGACAACCUUUCAUCUAUAUUCUUCAGCAACUUCGUACUAACCAUCAGCGCUAUGGCCUUCAUUCUACCGAAGACCCUCAACGUGCCUCUACCAGAAACUAUCCCUUUCAAUAUCCAUAUUCUAUCUUCCAUCGCUCCCAUCCAUAUUCCAUUUCGUAUGACUCUCAGCGCUUUUAUUCAUUCAUCGGACAUUCUUGAGCAGGCCGAAUGGCUGGCGAGGCCGAAAAAUGUCAGUGUCGAGUAAAAUGACAAUGUCAAUAAUCAAUAUGACAGUUUUAACUCUCGGCACAAAAAGUGGGAUAAUAUAAGUUUUACCUAUGUGUUUGUGUGCAUGUGUGUAUAUGUGCAAAUGCAUCUCUUAAAAGGGAAAACUAACUUUAAAAUAAUGCUUUUUUAAGCAGAUUUGCUAGCCAUUUUUUUAUUAUUUACUUAUUCUUAAUCUACUUACUUUCAUUUUUAUGUAGAUAAGUUUUAUAUUAUUAUUUUUCUCAAACAUGCAAUGAAAUAU